CUGUCACUACCGCAGGGGAGUUGGAUUGGAUAGGCCAGCCCGUGGGAAUCGUGGGAAAGGAGAUGGGAAUCGUGGGAUUGGAAAUGGGCAAGAAGGCUCUGACCACCAAUCGGCCCAUCAGAGCCCUUUUGGGGACUUUCGAUCAUUGCAGGAUGACAGGUUUCGAAAUCGGCAUUGCUCGCAAUGGCGUCCGACAAAGAGGCGGAGAAUAGCUAUUGAAUCCUGCUAGACCUUUCAGUGGCUCUGGUCCUGGGAGGAAGGGUGCUCCUUUGGUGCUUCCCUCUAUACCCAAGUCUGCGUUCCUAUGACAACAAAGUUGAAAGAUGUUCAUUAGAACCAUCGGUCUUCACCUUAGUAUUUCCAUACUCUCAGAGCACUUUAGCUUUCUGAACUCUUCUGAAAAUUGCACUAAAGAUACUCUCAUCUAUUCCCGUUUUCAAUAUCUCGACCAGCCCGUCAUCAAAAGAUAUCUGGGCCGGGUCAGGGCCGGUGCCCGUGAGGUGGAAGUCGACCACCUUUGGCUGCAGAUGCUACGAUUGUAUUUCCCUCUCGAUCACUUUGGCCUUGAAAGAGAGGCCUAUAUCUCCGGAACCUCAACUAGGCGCACAAAUAUCACGGUUUCGGUGGACGAUGGGCGCGGCCAGGGAACGAUCGUCUUUGUUGAAUGCAAGCGGCCUCCCCGCCAGGCACACCACGAGCCUUCCCCUUCUACUUGGACUCGGGGAAAGGGCCAGCUUGAGUCCUAUAUGCUCCGGUGGAGAGGGUCAGCCGGGCCGCGAGGACGGCGGGACUUGUUUGGCGUUGUGGCGAUAGGGCGUCUUGCCCGCUUUUUUAUCCUCAGACGGAGUGAAGCGGCCUUGGAGGACUUGGAUGCGGAUGCAAAAACCUUCCGCAUUGGCACGGCCGACGGGUCUGCUGAGGUGGAAGCGAUGCUCCUAGCAAUCUUUGGGGAUGCCAUGACAAACUAUGCGGCAUUAGUCUAGAUCUUGUGAGUAUUGAAGUAGCCGCGUUGAAUCAACAAAUCGAAAGAUUAACAAAG